AUCCCAGAGAGGAAGAGGAAAUCUCUCUCUGAGGCAGAGCUUGAGCACCGACAUCAGAGAAGAGAAGAGGCUGCAGCCAAGAGAGCCAAACUACAGGAGAACAUGAAGAAGCACCAACAGGAGCAAAAGCAAAAGAAAAAAAUUGCAUGGUGGGAGUCCUGUGGCUACAAAUCACUUUGUCUACAGGCUGUGGACAGUGAAGAAGAUGAGGAAGAUGACAGCAGUAUGUGCUCCACAGACUUUAUGGAUAUCUGCUACAUUCUGGGAGAUGUUACUCAUCCACAUGCUGCUAAGGGAAAUGCUAUCAUCGUCCACUGUGUUGAUGACUCAGGUUUGUGGGGCAGAGGAGGCCUAUUUACAGCACUGGAGGCGAGAUCAGAUGAACCACGAAAGCAGUAUGAGUUGGCAGGAAAGAUGAAAGAUUUGGAGCUUGGAAAUGUGCUUCUCUUCCCGAUGGAUGACAAGCAGUCCCAGUUGGAUGGCCAAGAUCGAUUAGCCCUGAUAGUGGCACAACAAAGAGACAAGUCCAAUAACCUGUCUGGGAUCCUCUUGAGUGCUUUGGAUAAAGGACUGAACAAGAUUUAUACUGCAGCCAAGAGAAGCAAGGCCAGUGUUCAUCUUCCUCGGAUCGGCCACUCUACCAAAGGUUUCAACUGGUACGGCACUGAGAGGCUUAUCAGGAAACACCUAGCUUCCAGAGGUGUCCCCACCUUCAUGUAUCCAAUUUCAAUUUCAAUUCAAGUUAUGGGGCUCACUCUGGAUCUGAUCAUCGCCUCUCUGACCCGUGGUGCUUUAGGGGCCCUGCUGCUGGCCAGCUACCCGCACGCUCUGUCCAUGUAA